AUGCAAAUGGGUUACGAUGGCUGCUAUUCGGUUCCCUCAAAUUUCUCUGAAAAUAUUCACUAUUACUAUCAAUUUCUCUAUCUAUUCCCUGCGACUUGCCUCAACUACCGUAUCCUCUGGACAAUUUGGGUCUCGCACCGACAAUUCUACAGUACCCAAUCAUUUUAUAAUUUAUACAGUAUCGAUUGUUUGGCGAGUAUUUUGGCGAUGAGUUUUGAGAUUUUAUUCACCAGAUUGUUCCUUUAUUUUCCACAAUUUUGUGGGGUUUUAUCAGGAAUUGUUGGAAAUUCGCCGAUUUUUAUGAGAAUUUAUUAUUGCUCAAUUAGUUAUUUCAAGGCAAUUAAACCUGUGGUUCACAUUUUUGUGGCAAUUAAUCGAAUGAGUUGUGUCAUGUUUCCUGUUACUUAUAGUCAGAACUGGUCCAACAAAAUGUGUAUUAUGGUUUUCAUCAUAUUUGCUGCCCCAUUUUUAGUGAUAUGGAAUACUUUAAUCAGUAGAAACUACCUGGGUUAUUUAAAUGGAGGAUUCGUUAUCACCUAUGAAAGAGAAGUCAAAUGGGCUUCCCUAUCCCUCAUGCAAUUCACCCUAGUCAUUCUAACAGUGCUGAUAACAAUGAUAACCACAUUUAUCACUUUUCACAAAUUAAGAAAUAUGAAAAAACGGAUAAAAGCAUCGGAACGAUCGCUUUGUAUUGCUGCCGGACUCAUUUCAAUGCUUUUCUUGUUUGAGGCGGUGACAGAGUCCCUCUUCGCGUUUUUCAAAGACGCUCCAUGGCUAAUCGACAUAAUGGUAUACAUAAUGUGGUCCACAUGGGAUUUCCUCAUCGUUGGAUCCCCAUUGGUCCUUCUUUUUGUCAGUAGCCAAUUUCGUUAUCACGUGUUAGGAAUGAAAAUUGGAAGGACCCAGAGAGUUUCCAGUAUUCAGAAUCCACCACCAUCUCAUCAUACUUCCCAUCAUCAUCUAACAGUAUCCAGGAACCAAGAUAAAUUGGCUCAAAGUAAGAGACCCUUUUAUUACUGGUUUCGAGGUAUUUCGAAUUUUGAAAUUUUGAUUUUUCAAAUUUUUUUCAAAAUCAGAAGACGUGACUUUUUGAAUCCAAAACGUUUAGAUGAACUUUUUAGGAAAAUCAGAAUUUCUAUAGAAUUCUAA